AGAGUAAUAGGUGAACAAAGAUUGUAUUCAAUACCCUGAGCUGAGAGGACUCGGAAAACUUAGAAGAACAUUUAGAGAAGAUGGUGAAAGUUGCGACGUUCUUUGCAAUGUCUUUAGGUGCCUUCGCUUUCUGGCAAACUAUGGACAAAAUCCAUGUAUGGAUCGCUCUCCAUCAGGAUGAGAAGCAAGAAAGAAUGCAGAAGGAAGAGGAGAUCAGAAGAAUGAGAGCACAGCUAAUCAGAGAAAACAAAGAGCGGGAGUCUCUUGCCUAAGCCGCCAAGAAUUGCAAUGCAUUCAAAUCAACAAUUUAUUUUUGCCGUCUUUUUGAAUGUUUCUGGACUUCUGGUUCUAUACUGAAUUUCCAAAAAAUUCAUGGAACAAUGGUCAUGACUGUCUUCAAUGUACUCAAAGCUUGGACCUGUCUAGCUGUAUGCCGUUCAUAGCAGGAUUAUGCUUGCACUAUUAAACCUGUAGCUACUUUUAAUCUGACAAUAAAUACCAAAUUUUUUGGUUUAGUUGGAGUAAAUUACGGCGAAUUGCUAUUUA